AUGGCGCUGGACACGACAGUUGUGAAGAGUCCGGACAAGGCGGCGGAGAAGAGUCUGGACAUGGCGUCGGAGAAGAUUCUAGACACGGCGAAGGUUAGAGAGAUGGCAGUCAGCGUUGUCACGGGCGCCAUUAACUCUGUCAUCGACAAGCUAACUGGCCUGCUCGGCGACCAGGUCAGCAGCAUGCUCGGCAAACAAGUCAAGCUUGGGAUCCAGUACCUGAGAAAUGAACUGAGCAGCAUGAAAGCUGUCUUGUUGAGGCUCUCAGAUAUGGAGGAGCACAUGGACCCGCACACCAAGGAGUGGAGGGACAAGGUGCGGAACAUGUCGUUUGAGAUCGAGGACUGCAUCGAUCGCUUCGUGCAGAACCGCCACAACCAUGGAACCUCCCAGGGUGGUCUGAUGAAGAAGGCCGUGGGUAUCCUCAAGGGGAUAUGGGAUGACCUCCAGAUCAGCAAGGAGAUCGAGGCGCUCAAGGCCAUGGUCGCCGAGGAGAGCGAGCGGCGCAACCGGUACAACAUUGACAUGUGCCAUCCGUCACCUCCACCUGUGCCCUUGGACCAAGGAGGGCUACGUGCACAAUACGAGACGGCCAGAAAUCUUGUGGGCAUUGAUGCACCCCGGGAGAAAAUCUUUGGGUGGCUGAUGGAGCAAGACCCGAAACCAAACGUGGUGGUCAUCUUUGGGAUUGGAGGCUCCGGCAAGACCACACUAGCUUUGGAGGUGUACAACAAGAUCCAAGAACCAUUUGAUUGCAGGGCUUUCGUCUCCGUUUCUCGAACUCCUAACGUCAAGAGCCUUUUAAAAGAUAUCUUGUUUCAAGUCAAUGAAAAAGAGUAUGACAAGUCAGAAAUAUGGGAUCUGGCGCAGAUGAUACUCAAGAUCAGGAACCACCUGAAAGACAAGAGGUACUUAAUUGUUAUUGAUGAUAUCUGGAGCUCAUCAGCUUGGCAACAUGUGAAAUAUGCCUUACCUAUUGAUAACAACAAACGAAGUAGAAUGAUUGCUACAACACGUAGUAAGAAUGUGGCAACAGCAUGUUGUGCUGACAUGGAUGGGCAUAUGUACGAAGCGAAGCUUUUAAGUAUUGAUGAUUCCCGCAGUUUAUUCCUUGGAAGAAUAUUCCCUUCUAACCAAUGUUGUCCCCAAGACUUGAGAGAAGUAGCGGAUGAAAUUUUGAAGAAAUGUGGUGGCUUGCCAUUGGCCAUAAUCAGUAUAGGCAGUUUACUAGCCUGCAAAAGUCGAACAGUUGAAGUCUGGUUGAAAAUACGGAAAUCUGUUUCUUCUGCAGUUGAGAAAGAUUCUCCCAUUGACCAAAUGAAGAGAAUAUUAUUUCUUAGUUAUUUUGAUCUUCCACCCCACUUAAAGGCUUGUUUGUUAUACUUGAGUGUCUUUCCAGAGGAUUAUUACAUUGACAGCAGAUUUUUGAUAUGGAAAUGGAUGGCUGAAGGGUUAAUCCAUGAAGAAAAUAGAGAAGAUAUGGAGAUGCUCGGAGAAAGCUAUUUAAAUGAGCUUAUCAACAGAAGCAUGAUCCAAGCAAGAAAGAUUGGGGCGGAUGGUACAACGGUGAAAUUCUGUGGAGUUCAUGAUAUUGUGUUGGAUUUUAUUACAAGCCAAGCUGCUGAAGACAAAUUUGUCACUGUGUUGAAUGAUGGUAAAUACCCUUCAAAGAAUAUUCGCUGGCUAUCCCUCCACUUAAACUCUUCUGAAGCCGCAGAUUUGCCAAUAAAGGAUGCAUCUCUUCUUCGGUCACUAAAUAUAUUUGGAUCUAGUACUGUACCUAGAGGUAAGCAACUACCUCGAAAUUGCAAAGCUUUGCGAGUGCUCAAUAUAGAAGGUGUUAUGAAGUCUAAGAAUCAUGACAUUCAACAUAUUGGAAGUUUCUAUCAACUGAAGUACCUAAGGAUCACAACAGCUAUAACCGAGCUUCCAGAACAAAUUGGCAACUUGCACAAUCUAGAGGUAUUAGAUCUUAGAGGUUGUGUAAUUAUGAAACUACCAAGGACUAUUGUUCAGUUAAAGAAACUCGUGUGCCUUUUUUUGCAUGGAAAUUCGACUCCACUGCCAGACGAAAUUGGGAAUCUGCAAUGCUUGGAGGAGCUUUCAUGGAUCAAUCUUUGUAAAGCAUCUGUAAGGUCUAUUGAAGGGCUUGGGGAGCUGACCAAACUAAGGGCACUUGAUAUUACAUGGAUAUCAUUUGGUGAUGGAGCUUUCAAUGAUGAAGAUCUCAUGAAAGUGUGGGCGUCAUCUCUCUCCAAACUCCUUGCAAACAGCCUACGUUCUUUGCGUUUCACUCAAUUCAAAAGCUCUAACUUCUUAGAUUGGUGGGUGUUUCCGAGUAGCUCCUCUCCUCCGCCUCUCCGGAGGCUAGUCCUUAGGGGACAUAUUUACUUUGGGUUCCCCACCUUACCAAAGCAGAUCAGCUCCCUCAUCAACCUCACUCGCCUUGGCAUUUCAGGUGUAUGUGAAAUGGGAGAGAGGGGAGUCAAUAUCCUCGCAAGUCUACCGAUGUUGCUUUCUCUUACACUGCGUUUGCGCUAUGGUGUACAACUAGGGCAUGCAAUCGGCAGCCAAGGAUUCCGGUGUUUAGUGAAGUUUAGCUUGUGUGCGGAGACCUGCUUGAAGUUUGAGCCAGGAGCUAUGCCAAAGCUCCAGAGGUUAAAACUAGUCUUGGCAAAGUCAGACAAGUACAGCCCCGGUGGUUUUGUCCAAGGAUAA